CCUCUAUGGGGUUAUAGAUAGUGUUUGAGUGAAAUGGAGUUUUUUUUCUCAGAAAUUUUUGAAAAUUUAUAUUUUUCUUGCAGUUUGGAGUUGAGAAGUAACCUCUCCAGCUAAAUUUUUGUGUUAUCUUAAAACUUGAAAGUUUUAAAUGCUGAAUAAAUUUGCUCAAAUGCUGAGCGAUUUUUUAUUUUAAAAGGGAUCUUGCUUGUCAAAAAUUAAGGUUGGAGAAAUCAUCUUUCAAAUUUGUAACAAUUUAUUGGUAAAUAUUUUACUAUUGCUCCAACAAGUUAUUAUAUCUCCUAUGUUUUAUGAGUGUACAUUAUCAAUAUGAAAGAGAAGAAGAGUGCAAAGUUAGAAUAGAUUACCCUCUCCUAAAAGAUUGUAAAUCAUUGAUCAUCAUCGAUAAAUCUGAUGCUUCGAAAUUUAUCUCUUGAAGCUAAUUUAUUGGUCCUCUUUAAGCCUGAUAAAUGUCUAAAAUAUGCAAAAAUAUGUUCUUGAUUUAUUUUCAUAAGUCACUAAUAAUUUAGCCUCGAGAUGUCUCUUUUGAUACAAACUAGAGAGAUCAAUUAUAAAAUCUGCAAAGAUGUAUAUGAAGAUACCCAUAGCCAUGAAAUAUAUGCGGAGCCAUUGAUCUAUGAUUCUGAGCAGCACUACGAUCAAUUCAGGCUAUAUUUUAACAAAUCUCAGGACUUAAAUUUUUUAAGAAAGCUGAGGUUGAUAAAGCUGUUCAAUACAAAUGCUGUAGUUUUUGAUAAUACCUCAGAUAAAAAUAAGAAUAUCACGAAGCUCUUAAAUUCUUCAUUUCCUAGCAAAGCAAAAGAAUUUUUAUUUGUAGGAUCAUGCAGAAAUAGCAUAAAGUUCUCUAAAUACUGAGAUCCAUUUUGCAGGAUUAGCUCAAGAAUUGUAAGGAAGGUGUUCUUCAGCAAAUUGGUCAUCAAUGAGCACCAAUUAAAGAAACUGAUGGUAUCUUCUAGACAUGUUCUGACUAUCAGACUGGUUUCUUGUAAGCUCUUGAUAAAUAAAGUCAUUGAUUUUUCAAAAGUGCUCAAAGGAACAAAAGUUCAAAAGAUAGACCUCACCUGUUGAGGAAAGGAGUCAGAAAGCGACUGGAAAACCAACCCUGAACAAUUCUCAACUCUAAUCCAGUCUCUGGCCACCUCAGAAGACCUAAAACUCACCCUCUCAACCCUCUGCCUGAUGUUCUGUGAAAUUUCUAUUUCAGAAGCCUACAGAAUCCUGAAACUCCACAAUUUCUCUAGCACUAAAAUUAUAUGCUAGCUUCAA